GAAUUUUGUCUUUUUAUUAUUAAUGAAUUUAUUUUUAAAAUAAUGAAAUCCUUUGUAAUAAUUGCUAUUUUAUUUAAUUGUUUACAGUUUUCACAUCAAAUAAACCAUGAUUUCGAUUUAUUAAUAUUUACACAAAGCUGGCCCGCUACGGUUUGUAAGGAAUGGAAAAAGAUGAACCCUCGACAUAAAUGUACAAUGCCACAUAAAAAUGAUGCAUGGUCUGUUCAUGGCAUAUGGCCAACAAAACUGGGAACAAUUGGUCCCGCUAACUGUAAUAGAACUUGGUUAUUUGACCCUGAAAAGAUUAGGCCUAUUGAGGAUAAACUCUUGGAAGAAUGGACUAACAUUUUUAAUGGAACUUCUAACUAUGCACUCUGGGCUCAUGAAUGGACUAAACAUGGUACCUGUGCAGCACAACUGGAACCUUUAAAUUCUGAAUUGAAGUAUUUUUCCAUAGGCCUUGAUUGGUUGGAAAAAUACUCAAUGGCUAAUAUUUUAAGUGAAGCCGGUAUAAUAGCAUCUAACACUGAUAAUUACCAUAUAACGGAUAUAAACAAUGCUGUUAAGAAAACCCUUAAUAUUGAUCCAGCCAUUGAAUGCAGAAAAAUGGAUGGAGAUAGUUAUAUGUCUGAAAUUCGUAUAUGCUUCACCAAGGAAUUAAAGUUAUGUGAUUGCGAUGGAGUUUUGGCUCGUAGAGACAUUGGUACAGAUUCUAUCAUAACAAAUUGUGACGGAAAUAAAAACAUAAUUUAUCCUCACUAUAAGGAAAACAGUUUAUAUAUCCAACUGUAUAAGUUGGUUACAUGGCUGCAAUGGUUUACCCUGUAAUGUAAACUUAAUAAGUAACUAACAUUUUUUUGGAUAGCAUAAUAUUAAGAGCUUUAUUAAAGGAUAUAGUUAAAUUUUAUUUAUAUUGGGCAAAUUUUUGUAAAGAUUUACCUUAUUUACCACAUUUUUUAUUCAGAUUUAUAUAAUGUACUGUGUAAUUUCUAUGUGUUGAAUAUAAUAGGUUUUUGUGAUUUAUGAUAAAACAAAAUGAUGCAUUUGCAAUGUCUACUAUAUUUCAGAUAAAUUAUCAUUAUUAUUCUCACAAAAUUUCUCUGUCAAUGAAUUUUAAUAUAUAUACAGUAUAUAUAUUCUCUUCUUUACAAUAUCUUCUAUAUAGCCAUUUUUUGUAUAGUAAAAUUAUCUCAAUGAAUUUUCCUCUAUGAAAUUCUUCAAAUGGAUCUUUUGAUUCCUUAGUACUUAAAUGUUAUUAAUUUGAAAUUAUUUACCUAAUAUUAUUAGAAUAAUGUAAUAGUGGUAGUGGUAAAAAAAUGAGAGCUGUUUCAGAUUUACAAACCUGAUUUGACAAAUUAUGCAAAAGUAUAUGUGGUACAUGAAUACUGCUUAAGGGACAAAAUAAUUAUAUGCGAAAACUUAGAUUAAAUGUAAAUGAAGAGAGAAUUUGUCAUUUCUUAUGCUUGAAUUUAGCACAUAAAUAAAAAGUUUAAUGUA